AGGCACAGGCGCAGGCACGCUCGAGCUCCUCGCAGACCCAGUCCCCUCCACAGCCAAACACCUCCGCGUGCCUGUUCCGCCGCACCCUACUACCGCACGCACGCGCAGAGCACCGUCGGCGGUGCCAUGUGCUGAUCUGCCUUCACCAGACCCUGCGCCCGCGAGUUGCCAAUUGACUUUGUCGACCUCGCCGGAAGCGUUCACCUAGCAACGCUACCUACCGCACGCAACAACGACCUUCACCGACCCCAUACCGUCGUCUCCCUGCCCAUAUAAUAUGAAGACGCCGCCCCCGUAGUCUGUUUACAUAGAUCCACGACUGUUUGCCAACGCGACACGACGCGCCCCGACCCGCGACGUGAACCGAGCCAUGUCGCCGCCCACGGGCGUGAAUGCCCAGCUGCGGCAUCUCGUCCACUACCACCUCGACAACGGCCUUUUCGAAAACGCGCUGUUCUUCGCCAGCCGCCUCCACGCACAAGAGCCGCGCAACGGCGACGCCGCGCAUCUGCUGGCCCUCUGCAGUCUCCGGCUGGGUCGUUACAAGGCCGCCUUCGACUAUGCCAAACCGAAGGGACAUCAGCCGCAACACCUAGGCUGCGCCUACGUCUUCGCGCAGGCGUGUUUGGGGCUAGAACGCUAUGACGCUGGAGUCCAGGCUUUGGAGAAGUCGCGCGGGCUAUGGGCAGGCCGCAAUCACUGGAACAAGCACUCGGACACUUUGCGACGACACGUACCGGACGCGGCUGCCUGCUACUGCCUGCUGGGAAAGCUGUACGGCGCGCACGGCGACACAAAGAAGGCUAUAGAAUACUACGUCGAGUCGCUGAAGCUGAACCCUUUCAUGUGGGACGCAUUUACUGGACUCUGCGACAUUGGCGCUGUAGUGCGCCCCCAGAACAUCUUCAAGGUUACUCCGGAAAUGCUGGCGUCGAUAUCCCACUCGGCUACGAAUGGACACGGGCCUACUUCGUUGGCAUCCCAUGACAGCUUCGAUGCAAAGAAUCCGUUUGUGUCAACCCCGGAUGUUGACCCUUUCAAUAGCUCGAUCCGACCGAAUGGCGACGCAAAUGGCCUCAACCUGGGAGGUCCAAGUCUGUUCUCCAAGCUUAACGGAAGCAUGCCUCCAGCUACCUCGUCAUACCAUGAUGUAGAAACGCCGACAUCUAACGGUCAAAACAUCCGCGAUGAGGAUGUCAUGAUGGGGGAACCUGGUGGGCCCGUAAUGGAGGACAUGAUGCAGGAACGGCAUGCGCCAGACGUACCGCGCGCGCCAACCAGGAAGACCAGGAUGCAGAACCUUAAUGCCCCAGAUGACCCGCCUAGAAUGCGGCCGAUAACCACCAGGAGUCGAUUGAAGCCAGCCUCUGAAUCGAAUGAAAGGACAGAAAUACCUCAACCCCAAUGGCAGAACGGACAUAAGCGGACCGUGUCUGGACACUCCAUGCACCACCCUGCACCCACUAACGCACAACCAGCAGACCCGUCAGCAGCCCCUCCCCGGCGGAGCACAAGAUUGCAAACUGUUCAGAGUGGUGCACACAAUAUGAUUAGUGGAAUUCGCUCCCUGAGCAGCAGAAAUGCAACUGCGAUGAGCAGAGACCCAGACCUGAAGGACCGCAGGGAACUCCGAAAGGUCAGAGCAACCGGGACCAAAGGCAAAACGAGUUCCGUCGGAAACGUCGGCAGAGUUGUCAGUGGUAACCGGAAAAUGAUUGUAGAUGUUACGGAAGUUACGAAGCAUGAUUCAAGACCACCCAGCGUGGCAUCGACAGCGCCACCACCAAAGAUGCCCCUUCCGACCGAUACGUCACGAGAGCAAGAGUCUCUGAACUGGCUCCUGGACCUCUGCCUGAGGAUAGGAUCGGGCUACAGACAUCUUAGCCGCUUUGAGUGCGUGAAAGCUGUGGAAGCUUUCAACUCCGUCUCCACGCACCAGCGUGAGACCCCAUGGGUACUGGCGCAAAUUGGCAAGGCGUACUAUGAGCGGUCAAUGUGGGCGGAAGCCGAGAAGGCGUUCUUGCGGAUACGAGAACGGUGCCCCUCCUACAUCGAAGACAUGGAUGUUUUCUCCACAGUGUUGUGGCAGCAGAACAAGGAAACGGAUCUCGCUUACCUCGCCCACACUCUGAAUGACCAAGACCGGUUAUCUCCACAGACUUGGGUUGCUCUCGGAAAUGCAUUCUCACUGCAACGUGAGCACGACCAGGCGAUCAAGUGCUUCACUCGGGCUACUCAGCUUGAUCCGAAGUUCGCGUACGCAUUCACACUUCAAGGACACGAGCACAUUUCCAACGAGGAAUUCGACAAGGCGAGUUACGCGUACAGGUGCGCCAUCAGCGCGAACAACAGACACUACAACGGCUGGUACGGACUAGGCAAGGUGUACGAGAUGCAGCACAAGUUCGAUGUCGCCGAGCGGCACUACAGAGCCGCCUUCUCCAUCAAUCCAAACAACGACCUGCUAGCGAUGAAGAUCGGCUCAGUACUCGACCGGAUGAAGAAAACAGAAGCAGCCCUCAUGCAGUACGAGACUGCGAUCCGGCUCAAUCCGCACGCCCUCCAAGCGCGUGUCAAGAAAGCCCAUAUCCUCCUCAAACUCGGAUCUGCGGAGGAGGCGCUGCACGAGUACCUCGUUGUGAAAGAUGCGCAGCCCGGUGACGCGAAUAUUCAUCUUCACAUUGGGCAGGCGUAUAAGCGGCUUAGGAAUAAGAGCGAGGCGAUCAAAUACUUCACGAUUUGCAUGAAUUUGGAUCCUGUGGCGCAGCGGUAUGUGAAGGAGGAGAUGGAGAGCUGGGAUGAGGAGGUUGGGGGGUGGAGUAGCGAUGAGGGGUAGGCGGUGCGAUUGAUGAUUGGAGUUGUGGGGACCUGCGUUGUUGCGGCCGACACAUUCAUAACGCGCCUGGCGAUGUAGGAAGGUGGAGACGUUUGGAUGGAACGCGGUAUACCCCCCUUGGAAUUCUUCUUCUGGCUGCGAGGUUGACGUUGAGUCGGCCUAUUAUACCCUUGUUCGCUUUCUCUUCGCUUCUUGCUGGUCAACCACCAAACAACAGACCAAGGCAUUUUCGGGCAUGGCAGCGGGAGUGGGAGCAUUGUUUUGUUUUGGUUUGCAUUUUGGACUGGCGUCGGUGGGUUUUGGAUAGCAUGCAUGCAUUGAUGGGUAUGGAUCAUCGUCUGUCAUGAUGAUGAGGUUUAUGAUUCAGCGUUUGAAAAAGCGGGUAGAUGUGUGUACGAUGUAGACGGAUUGGGGCGAGG